CGCCCUGGUUCUGACUCCAACGAAACAAGGGAGUCGUCACAGAAUGUGACGACGCCGUCGCACGAUCGCACACGUGACGCCCACGAUCGUGUGCGACGUACCCCACGCGUCGCUCGUUCUACCAUGUCCGCUGCUCGCGCUUUCUCCCGCCGUCGGCCCCCUCGACUAUCCCGCCACCAUCCCAGCCUCAUCAGAGUCCUCUCUCUUUCCGCCGCUCCCCCUCCCCCUUUUCAACCGCGCGCCCCUUCCUUUCCCGUAGCCCAUUCCGCCUCCACCGCUCCGCCUCCAUCCGCACCCGCGCAUCCCAGCGCUCCCGCGCCUCACGCGCCGCUGCCCUUGCCCGCGACAUCUUCCGCGCAUUAUAACUUCCUCCCCUCGUCCGCCCAUGCGUCACGCCCCGCGCCGUUUGCGCCGCCCCGCUCGCCUUCCCCGGCGGCAUGCCCCGUGCGCAGGCCAGACCCCGCCGACGUGCCUCCGCAGGAGUGGGGGCGGCGGGUAGUAACCACGCGCGCAGCAGCCGUUGGCGGUGCGGGAGAAGGGGCGGGUGAGGGGGAGGAGGCGGGGUGUGUGGUGGUGGGGGCAGGCGUGGUUGGGCUGGCGGGCGAGAGAGGCGAGAGAGACGAGAGAGGCGAGAGAGUGGAGAGCAGAGUGGUGGAUUUUGAGGCGAGGGAGAGGGAGGAGGUGGAGUGUGUGGUGGUGGGCGCAGGCGUGGUGGGGCUGGCGGUGGCGCGCGCGCUGGCAGUGGCGGGGCGGGAGGUGCUGGUGGUGGAGGCGGGGGCCGACGUGGGGGGCGGAAUCAGCUCGCGGAACAGCGAAGUGAUCCACGCAGGGCUGUACUACGCACAUGGGUCGUUGAAGGCACGCCUGUGUGUGGAAGGGCGGCGACAGCUGUAUGCUUUCUGUGAGGACAGGGGAGUGCCGCACCGCAGGGUCGGCAAGCUGGUGGUUGCCACGUCAGCGGACCAAGUGCCACAGCUGCAGCAGCUUAAGCGCCACGCAGAGGGCAACGGGGUGGAAGGUCUGCGAAUGGUCUCUAGGGAGGAAGCGAGGCUGCUCGAGCCUCACGUGGACUGCCAUGCGGCGCUGCUGUCGCCACACACAGGAAUUCUGGACUCGCAUGCUCUCAUGCUAGCUCUACAGGCAGAAGCAGAGGCAGCAGGGGCGGUUUUCGCGUUCAACUCUGCAGCAGUGGCCAUCCAAGCCCAUCCCUCCGACCCCUUCCCUCUCCUCACCACCAUCCGAAACUCCAACAACUUCGACAAGUCUAUCCCGUCUUCCGCUCCCAAACACAGUCAGCAAUCACCCCCCAGCCCAUCCUCCAAUGUUGGAAUGGCAAACACCACCACCACCACUGCCACCACCGCCACCACCGCCUCCACCGCCACCACCGCCACCACGUCGCUGUACUCGCGCUAUGUGGUCAACGCUGCUGGGCUCGAAGCCGUACCCCUCGCUUACCACACACGUCUGAGAACCUUCCAUCAUUCGAGACCCACCCUUGACAACGCUCACUUGCCUCCUCUGCCUCCUCUCCACUUGGCGCGCGGCCAUUACUUCGCCCAUGCCGGCGCCGCACCGUUCUCCCGCCUCGUGUAUCCCUUGCCGGAGCCGGGGGGCCUGGGCGUGCAUGCCACCCUGGAUCUGGCGGGGCGAGUGCGGUUCGGACCGGACGUGCAGUGGUUGAAUGCGGUGCCGCUCUCUGCUGCUCACGGCCAGCCGAUCAGCUACGACUAUUCAGUGGACCCCAGCAGAGCCACUGCCUUCUACGCUGCGAUCCGCAAGUACUUCCCCUCGCUGCAGGACGGUGCCCUGCACGCAGACUAUGCCGGCAUUCGCCCCAAGCUGACCGGCCCAGGAGAACCAGCUGAGGACUUUCUUAUUCAGAGGCACGCCACGCAUGGCAUUCCUCCUGGCCUCAUCAACCUCCUGGGGAUAGAGUCCCCGGGCCUCACCUCCUCACUGGCCAUUGCAGAUCACGUGAAGAGUCUGUUGUAGGCUUGGGCUGGUAGCUCUGUGUCAACUUAUACAUUUGCUGUACAUGUAUAGUUAUAGGCUAGACAGGUUCGUGCUCGUAGAGAGUACAACCCGAAACCCUUAUAUCACCAUGUAUGCUCUUGCUAGAGUACACUUC